GGGCUGCGUUGACACAUGCCCCAAAUCCAAUUAGGGUCGUUAGGUCAUGGAGCAUGUGCAGCAGAAAGCGUUCAAGUCAAAAUGGCGGCUGAGACGAAAAGCUCUGGUGACGCGAGCACUCCUCUUCCUCCUCCUCUUGAAUGGGCACAGAGGAAAGAUCGAGUAUGGAUUACAGUAAAGCUUGAGAACUGUAAAAAUCCCAUUUACGAACUGAAAGAAAACACAUUCUACUUCAAGGGAAAAGGUGGCACAGACAACGCAGACCAUGAAGUUUCAGUAGAAUUAUUUGGAGAAAUAGAUCCAGCGAAGUCCACUUGUUCACGUGGAGACAGGCAAAUGAUUUACACACUCAUCAAGAAAGACCCGAGUGCAUCAUUUUGGCCAAGGCUUACAAAAGAAUCUAAAAAGUUCCACUUCAUAAGAACAGACUUCAGUAGGUGGAGAGAUGAAGAUGAUUCAGAUGUUGAAGACAAAGAGGAUUUUAACAUUGAUGAUAUGAUGAACUCGAUGGGUGGCCUUAAUGGUGGGGGUGACUUCGGUGGAGAUGAGGAUCGAGAAGACAGUGAUGACGAAGACAUCCCAGAUCUUGAGUGAUGAGUGUGUGACCAUACUGAAUCAUUUUUAAAAAAGCCUACAGUUGACUGUCAGUGCAAAGGAGCUGGAGGGAUCCAAGGACUUUUUUCCCCCCAAGAGUGCAGCAGCUAAACUCUUGAUUGAGAGGACUGAAGCUGAUGCUGAACAUUAAACCCCCAGCAGUUUACCAGCUUAGCAAUUUUUGUUCCACCUGCCCUAAAGGAGCUGCUUUUUUUUUUUUUUUUGUUCCAGUUAACAUGUUUACACCAGAGUUCGUUUAAGUUCUUUUCCAGUCGUUAUUGUCUGUGCUGAUAUGGACAGUGUGCUACCAGUGUCAGCUUACACACCUACAGGUCCUUUGGCAAUUUGGUUAACAGCAGACUGGAGGAACUUAGUUUUUAUGCUCCAUUUAUCAGUCACAGGUCUUUGUAAAGCAUGUAUUUCAUCACCAUAAUUUGUCUUAAGUGUGGCAAAAUCUGAGUGCUCAGUGAAAUGAAUGAUGCAAAAUAAACUGAAAUUCUGUUUCAUCUUAA